AUGCUUUCGCUCGCCCCUGUCGCCCUCUCCUUCACCGCGCCCGUCGCGCCGCUCGCGGCGGUGCGCACGCCGGCGCCGGAGAUGUUCUUCUCCGGCUCCAAGGCGGCGGCGCCCAAGAAGGCGGCCAAGAAGCCCGUCAAGAAGGCUGCCAAGGCGGCCAAGCGCGGCGGCGGCAAGGAUUACGCAAAGAUCUCCACCCGCCGCACCGCUGGCUCGUUCGUCGACGUGACCGGCAAGCCGUACGUCGAGGUCGACACCUUCGUCCCGCAGUUCGACGAGAUCGGGGUGCUUCCGCCCAUCGGCCGCUGGGACCCGCUGCAGAUCCGCGAGCAGGGGCCGGAGCGGUACCGCAGGUUCGUGGAGAUGGAGAUCAAGCACGGGCGGCUCGCGAUGGCGGCCUUCCUCGGCGUCAUCACCACCUACUCGGGCAUCCGCUGGCCCGGCUACCUCUCCCUCGCGGAGGGCAUCAAGUUCUCCGACCUGCCCGGCGGCGCGAUUGCGUCGUGGGCGGCUCUGCCCACCUCGGCGUGGCUGCAGAUCGUCCUCUUCAUCUCCUUCCUCGAGGUGUACGCGCUGAAGCAGGACCCCGAGAAGGACCCCGGUGACGUCGUCCCCGAGGGCGUCGCGUGGGCGCGCUACCCCGACGGCUACGACGUCUGGCUUGGCGACGGCUCGACCAAGCAGGUGCCGCCGCCGCCGCCGCUCCCCACACACCAUUCUACCCUCGCCCCCCCCCCCCCCCCCUUCCCGUCGGCGAGGACUAGCUCUUCCUCGGAAAGACCUGUUAGCUUCACCUUCGAGCGCUACAACGGCAUGCUGAUCCACGAGGGCCUGACCGGCAACCCGAUCUUCCCGAUCGGCGAGACGCUCUAA